CAGCGCAAUCGAACGGUUCUGAGUCAUCUGCCGGAAGCCUUGCCCUCAAUCAAGGCGGACGUGAAGCAUCUACAAAGGAGGAAUAGGCGAAGCAGCAGCGGCGGCAGCAGCGGCGGCAGCAGCAGCAGGAGGUGGGGACCUUCCCUGAUGGAUGACCUCUGUGAAGCAAAUGGCACUUUUGCCAUCAGCUUAUUUAAAAUAUUAGGGGAAGAGGACAACUCAAGAAACGUAUUCUUCUCUCCCAUGAGCAUCUCCUCUGCCCUGGCCAUGGUCUUCAUGGGGGCAAAGGGAAGCACCGCAGCCCAGAUGUCCCAGGCACUUUGUUUGUACAAGGACGGAGAUAUUCACCAAGGUUUCCAGUCACUUCUCAGUGAAGUUAACAGAACUGGCACUCAGUACUUGCUUAGAACUGCAAACAGGCUCUUUGGAGAAAAGACGUGUGAUUUCCUUCCAGACUUUAAAGAAUCCUGUCAGAAGUUCUAUCAGGCAGAGCUGGAGGAGUUGUCCUUUGCUGAAGACACGGAAGACUGCAGGAAACAUAUAAAUGACUGGGUGGCAGAAAAGACUGAAGGUAAGAUUUCAGAGGUACUGGAUGCUGGGACAGUCGGUCCCCUGACAAAGCUGGUCCUUGUGAAUGCCGUCUAUUUCAAGGGAAAGUGGAAUGAGCAAUUUGACAGAAAGUACACAAGGGGGAUGCUCUUUAAAACCAAUGAGGAAAAAAAGACAGUGCAGAUGAUGUUUAAGGAAGCUAAAUUUAAAAUGGGGUAUGUGGACGAGGUGCACACCCAGGUCCUGGAGCUGCCGUAUGUGGAAGAGGAGCUGAGCAUGGUCAUUCUGCUUCCCGAUGAUGACACGGACCUCGCUGUGGUGGAAAAAGCACUUACAUAUGAGAAAUUCAAAGCCUGGACAAAUUCAGAAAAGUUGACAAAAAGUAAGGUUCAAGUUUUCCUUCCCAGAUUAAAGCUGGAGGAGAGUUAUGACUUGGAGCCUUUCCUUCGAAGGUUAGGAAUGAUCGAUGCUUUUGAUGAAGCCAAGGCAGACUUUUCUGGAAUGUCAACUAAGAAGAAUGUGCCUGUGUCCAAGGUUGCCCACAAGUGCUUUGUGGAGGUCAAUGAGGAAGGCACAGAGGCUGCCGCAGCCACUGCUGUGGUCAGGAAUUCCCGGUGUAGCAGAAUGGAGCCAAGAUUCUGUGCAGACCACCCUUUCCUUUUCUUCAUCAGGCACCACAGAACCAACUGCAUCUUUUUCUGCGGCAGGUUCUCUUCUCCGUAAAGAGGAGCAAUUGCUGUACAUGCCCUCCUUUCCUUCUGCCUACCUUGCCUUAAUUAACAUUCCGUGUGACCCAGUUGGUGCAGUGGCUUGAAUGCCAAAAUAAAGCGUGUGCACUG